CUUAUAGUCACAGUGUUUCCCUGCCGUGGGUGUGUCGACAUGUCGAGCGUUUAGUGCAAUGCUCAAAGAGGUGCGGCGGGCUAUCCUGUGCGUCGCUGUCGUGACUGUGCGCUGCUUCAUAGGCCAGGCACCUCGACCACCCAUAGGGCCUUCACGACCGCCAUCACGGGCUUCGCAGCCACUGGCGGUGUCGUGGCACGGGUGGCAUCAUGUGCAUCGCACGGUGUGGCAGCGCUUGAGCUCAGCUUGGCCGUGGCAGAAGCCCAAACCGGAGCCCUACUUUCUGCAGCCCUUGCACGACUUUUAUCAUGCAGUGACAAUGCAGCUGCAUCUCCUUUGGAAGGCCACAGGGUUGGGGCCUUGGUUGAUGCUCUUCUGGACCGCGCUCUCGCCCUAUCCGCCCUUCAGUUGGUUGCAAUGGCUUGUCUUAAAGGUCUGGCACCUUCCGUUGCUCUACCGGUCCUACAUCAUGUUUCUCUUUGUUGACAACGUUUGGAAGUGGCUGCUUCCAUCUUUUCAUUCCGAAGUUGUGGUGGGCGCUUGGCUGGCGCUGUUGUAUCGCUUCAACCCCAAAGCGUACGUCCAGCGAGUGGUAAAUCGAUUGGUCUCCAUGCUUAACAAGCAGGCGAAGCUCCUGUCCCCAAAAGGCGUGAAAGCACCAUUGCCGCAGGAGCUGCUGGAGACUUUGUGCACACGGCUUCGAAACGAUGCCCAACUCUUGCAGGUCUUGGGCCACCACCGUACGCUACGGGUCUGGCCAAAGCUGAGGAGGCAGACUUUGGGAAGCUUGAGCUUCUCCAGUCCCCGAGAAGCGUGGCUCUUGAAGACUAUUGUGGAUGGCUACUAUCGUGAAGUGGAGGCCGAGGUAAAGGAAGCCACGCUUGUGGCGGCCGCACAACAGGCAGCAGCCAAGAUGCGGGCCUUGCAUGAGGCCAUGGAUUCGGCACGCUUGGCCUCGAAGGAUGGUGGCCUCUCCCAGGGCACUGGCGGCUUGAUGACCGAGGUGGAUGUGGCUUCUGCCCAGGCCGCCGACGCAAUCAUCGCACUGGGCCAGGCCAAGGUCGAAGCGCAAGAGGCCACUGCGCGGGUUGGCAAGGCCUUGGGGAAGACCUGGCAGGCGAAGAUGGAUGAGCUCAUGGAUGCGCACAAGGCCGUUCCUGAUGUGGUUGCUGAGCUGCGACGGCUCGACCCAAAGGACAAGGACCAAAAGGAUCCCAAAGGUCCAGGGAAGAAACCCAAGUAGCUCGGUGUGGCUCGGUGUAGUUCCGAGGGCUUUAGAGGGCCCUCUUUAGGGAGCCCCUUUAGGGAGCUUCAGGGUAUUUGAGGUG